CUAAUCGCGUUUUUAAAAUUAACGUUUGUGUUUGCAAUGUCCGCCAGAUCUUCCAAAAAGGCUUCGAGGGAGAAGGCGAAGCAGGCCGUCCUCGAGGAAUCCCCCAAAUACACAUACACGGACAUGCUGAUGUUGAGGGCUCCGCCCCCCUCGGUGCCACGACCCAGGGGGGCCCGUGUACCCGGGGGGUUACCGCUGUGGGAGACUGCUCCCCUCAAUGCCAAGCUACCCUUGAUGUCUGGUCCUGAGGGUCCUUUGGUCUUCACCAGAGGAAAGCUGGGAGUAAAGUUAUGGAAGAGCUCUCCAGGAGUCAUGUUCGAACUCUCCGAUCCUUACAACAAUGAGGUCAAGUUUGACUAUGAGUCUGUUCACGACCACCACCUUCGAGCUUGGUUGCGGAACCCGAAGAAUCUUCAGGUCCUGAAGAAGCAAGGACUAGUGGUGCCACAAUUGAGAGCUACUUGUAGCGUUGACCAAUACAAUAACUACCGUCACUUUUUGUACAAAUUGUACAGUAACAGCUUAAGGAACGAUAUAGAACAAAAGGAAAAUCUGGCAAAGGAGAAAUUGAUGGUUGGAAAAGCUAUCGAGAAUGCGGAGAAAGAGGCAACGAGACUGAAGAAGCUUGAAGACUCAACAACUGUUAGACGUAAGAACAUGAGCAGAUUGGAACACCUGGAAAUGGAACGGCUUUUGAAAUGUAAAAAGCGACUUCAAAGAGUCAUUGAAAAAGCAGCUGCUGCUGAGAAGAAAAGAGAAGAAGAACUUGAGCAAAGAAAGGAGAGGAUGGAUGCAUUUGAUAGGAAGAUACGCAGUAGAAUUGAGGCGGCACAGAAAAUUGAACGGCAAAACAAGAUAAAAGCGAUGAAGUUGAGGUACAAACAAGACGUUGAAAUGAAGAAACUGUUUGAGAAACGUUCAAAACUUCGCGAGAUGGAGAUGAAACAGAAGGCAGAGGCUAGAUGGAAGAAGAAGGUAGAAGAACAAUUGAAACAAAUAGAAAAGGAAAAAUUCUUGUAUGAAAAAAGAAAAACAGCGAUGGAACAAGAGAGACAACAAUAUGUGAAAGCAAUGGAGAAGGAGUGGGCAAGGAUGGAGGAUGAACUGAGUGAACGGAAGUGUAGAACGACUUUGGAAAAAGUGAGGAUGAACAAACGCAAGCAAACGAUGAAGCAAAUAAUGCGAUCUGUAUCUGAAGCCUACGCAUCCAAUAAGAGCAUUGCGUUUUUGUCUCAGGACGAAGAGACUUUAGCAACUCUAAAUGAACGAAUCCAACAAACCCUGCGAGAGAUUAGAUAUGAUUUGGAACCGUACAUUGUGAUCGCUCAUGCUAAAAGCCGUUUGGAGAAACAAGAAAAUGUGCCACUACCGGUGAGCGCUGCCAUCAAAUAUCUUCUGGAGCAAGUGAUUGUUGAGUACACAGCCAAUCAGUUUCAACCCGUCAUGACGCAGAUAGCUAAGAAAGUUCUAACUACGAUUGAUGAACUCAAAACGCAAACGGAAGAAAGGCCGUCAGUCUUCUCAAGAAGGACGAGAUCCAGCUCUUCUGAGUUUGUUAAAAGCCAGUCUUUGGCGCGACAAAAGGUCACCAGAAUCAGCAAUGUGGAGUUGGUAAUUCCUAUACACAAAUCAGAAGACGAGUUUACAGUUGACCGCAGUAAUCUCCGAAGGACUAGAGAUAGACCACCUACGCCAAUGCCCUCCGUCACAAGGUUCACCGAGGCUAUCUUCAGGGACCAGGAGCCGGAUGAAUUUUACGAGGUUCCAGCAGAUGAUUUUAUCUUCUACGAACAAGCAGCCUUAAACAAAGAAAUUCAACAAAUCUCGAACAAGAUGCUGCAAAUGAUACCGAGCCGAGUGAAGUCAGUCAUCGAGAGUAGAAGUUACGACAGGAUUUCAGUGGAGACAGUGAAUUCUUUGGAGCUGCCAGACAACAAGCCCGUGGCGAGACUUUGUUCGAUGCUGUUGUUUGACGAGGCGCCCAUGGAUAUCGCUCUGACCAGGAUCGUUGACAGGAUUAUCCUCGGGUUCAUGCAGGAUAUUAACAUGACGCCGUCCUACCUGCGACUACGCAUCAGGCAGAUGAAGCAUGAGAUGAGAGAUUGAUAAUGAGACAACGGAGAUGUUUAAUGAGAAAUCCGCUGUGUAUGGGAAUAAAUAAAUUGGAAUUUGA